CAAGUUCCAACCCAACCCACUCCUCCGCCGACGGGUUCGUGAGUUUGUUUAGGUCAUGUCUCCUCGCCCUUCCCUCUCCUUCCAGCGCCGCCAGGGUCGCGAUACUGCCGACGGGUGCGGCGGGCGAACAUGGCCCUCCCGCUGUGCGGCGAUCACCAUGGCGCUCCUGCUGUCGAUCAUCCUCCUCGUUGCCGCCGCCGGCACUCCUGGGUUCGCAUGGUACGGGGCAUCAGCGGAGGACGACGUGGCUGACGUGGUGGAGACGGUCCGUCCGCCGCUGUCCCUGGAGCACGCGGCGGCGGCCGCCCUGGACGUGGCCAACUUCUCCGCACGCGUGCUCCGCCACAUCGCCUCCGGCGACAGCUCCCGCUCCAACCUGGCCGUCUCCCCGCUCUCCCUCCACGCGGCGCUGACGCUCCUCGGCGCGGGCGCGCGGGGCGCCACGCUCGACCAGAUCGUCGCCUUCCUCGGCUCCGCCGGCGGCCCCGCCCACGCCGCGCUCGCGUCGCACGUCGCGCUGCACGUGCUCGCUGCCGACAGCGCCGGCGGAGGUGGCGGGCCGGCGGUGCGGUUCGCCAACAGCGUCUGGGUUGACGAGGCGCUGCGGCUCAAGGACGCCUACGCCCGCGUCGCCGUCGAGCACCACCGCGCCGAGGUGCGCCCGGCACCCUUCAAAUCCAGGCCGGAGGACGCGAGGCUCCAGAUCAACGAGUGGAUCGAGAACGCGACGGCCGGCCGGAUCAAGGGCCUCCUUCCCUCAGGCUCCAUCCACGAGGCCACGCCAGCUGUCCUCGCCAAUGCGCUCUACUUCAAGGGCGCCUGGGAGCGCAAGUUCGACGCCUCGCUCACGCGAGACGGCGCCUUCUACCUGGCCACCGGCGGCCACGUCCGCGUCCCGUUCAUGUCGAGCACCGGCAAGCAGUACAUCUCCGCCCGGCCCGGCUACAAGGUCCUGAGGCUCCCCUACGCGCGUGGCCGCGAGGACCGGGCGUUCUCCAUGUACAUCUACCUCCCUGACGCGCAAGACGGCCUGCCGAGCCUGCUGCAGAAGCUGGGUUCCGACCCGGCGGCGUUGCUCGAGAGCUCGGAGACUCUGACGGACAAGGUCCCCGUAAGCGAGUUCAUGGUGCCCAAGUUCACCAUGUCGUCCAAGACCGAUGCCAAGGCGACGCUGCGGGACCUCGGGCUGACCCUGCCGUUCGACCCCGUCCUCGCCGACUUCGGCGACAUGCUGGAGGCGGCGCUCCACGUGUCGGAGGUCUACCACGAGUGCUUCAUCGAGGUGAACGAGGAGGGGACCGAGGCCGCCGCGGCCACCGCCGCCGUCAUGUGCUAUACCAGCGCGCUCCCGCCUCCGCCGGAGGACUUCGUCGCCGACCACCCGUUCGUGUUCCUGAUCCGGGAGGAGUUCAGCGUCGUGGUGGUUUUCGCCGGGCAAGUGACCAACCCUUCGGUUUCGCUCUAAAUUACGAUUUGGAAAAUGACACCAUGAAUGGUCAAUCCUUGCGUGUUCACUCUUGCAAUUUUGUAAUUGGGUUGUCCAUGCUUCUGAGAUGCUGUAUGAAAAUGUAACCGGUUGGACUCCUUUUGAAAUCUGUGUUGAGCAUUUGUGGAUUGAACUUUGCUAGUCCAGAUAAAAUGUAACCGGUUGGACCUUUUUGAAAUCUGUGUCGAGCAUUUGUGGAUUCAA